AUGCACUCAACCAGGCAGAGAAGCAAGGCUCGUCCGGACCCGGUGUCCUGCCAAUCAUGCCGAUCGAAAAAGUUGAAAUGCAAUCGGGUUCGGCCGUGUUCGAAUUGCGCCGCACGGGGUAUCAGCUGUCAUUUCCUGGUCCCGCCCCAGAAGACGCCAGAGACAACGACUACAGAGUACAGCUCGGCUGAAUUGAUAUCACGUAUUGAACGAUUAGAAGCUACCGUCUUCCAGUCAUUUUCUCUAGGGACGACUCAUCCGCAGCACGCCCCUGAUGAUAGUCGUCAUGCAGGCCAGACGCUAUUUACGCCCGCUUCAGAACCCGUCGUUGGACCCGACGUCCAUCAAACGCGGGACAAAGACUCGGAUUUCCUGGAGAAUAUAGGGACAAGAGAGGAUUCGCUGCUCUCUCCUUUAUCCCAUGGCUUGGUCUUCAGAAUAGACAAAGCACGCGAAAUCCAUAGAGCGCAUGCUUCUCCCCAGGAUACAAUAGCAAGCUACCCUUUAGGCAAUAUCAUUAUAACAUUUCCGACAUACAGAGAGGCAGCCUUACUAUUCCAAAACUUCGAAUCCAAUAUAGACCAAAUGUGUCGUAUUCUACACAUUCCUACUACCAAGUCUCUCAUAAAGACUACCUAUAUGAAGCUCGGACAGGGGGAGGCUGUUCCGCUCGGACAAGCCGGACUGUUGCUUUCCAUAUUUGCCCUGUCCGGGUUCUUCUACCGAUGCUCCGAGAAUUCGGAGAUAGCAACUAGCGAACAAGAGGCCGUUCAUAUUUCAAAGGUCAUAGGCAAAGCAGCGCUGGAUGUGCUGGACUACUCGCGAAGGAAUACGUCGGGGACGCUGGAAGAUGUCCAAGCUUAUAUCUUUAUGUCUCUCGUUUCGUUCCACCUCGAUGGUUUCUCUGCAAGGGGUCGUCUUCUAUCAGCUACGGCGGCGGCUAUUGCCAGAGACCUUCGCUUGCAUCGAUUAGACGCCGCAGAUGAACGGCCUGCUAAGGAGGAGACUAGUGUUCGCGAUUUAAUAGAUCGGGAGGUUAGGCGCAGAGUAUUUUGGCAUAUCACAGCUGAAGACUGGCUACAGUCAACCAUCAGCGGGCCUCAGGCCGGAAUGUACUUUAUCCACCCGAAUCACAUCGACGUCAGACUUCCGAAGUACUAUUUCGAUGACGAAAUUCUGCUGAGCGAAGAGACCGAAUCCGCAGAUGGCCCUCGACCAAGCGGAACGGCUUUUCUCCUCGAGAGGAUCCGACUCGCGCAUCUGUGCCGCGAAAUAGUCGAUACCGUGCCGUCGGAGACGUCCAAGGCGCUGCAGAUGCCCUACGAGAAUAUCAUAGCACUAGACAAGAAGCUGCAAGAUUUCCUCUUGAGCCUCCCGUUCUUCUUCCGAACCGACCCCGCAAGCCGCGAGACGAGCAGAAAGUUCGAGACCGUGUAUCCGUAUAUUCCGCACAUGAGGUACGCCAUCACGAACGCGGCGCACAGCAGAAGGUGUAAGCUACAUCAGAGGUUUCUACUGCGGCAAUCUCACGACCCGCGAUACUCGUACUCGAGACGGGCUUGUCUGGAGUCGGCGUUCGCCGUCAUAAACGGGUACGAGGACCCGACCGAGUUCGAUUCUCCGGCUUACACGACCGCGCGGAUGGGGUUGGCUAUGCAUUACAUGCAUCUCGCCCUGGCAGUUAUGGUUAUGGAUUUAUGCUUUAAUAGGCCCGGGGCGGAUGGGACGGAGGUUAAGACAAAGCUCAGGGAGGCUUUCCAGAAGUUCGACGAUGAUCGGCACGUCUCUCCGCUUCCGAGGCGCUUCUUGAGUUCUCUGCGCGAGGUUUUGCAGAAACAUGGAGUGUAUCUUACCAACCAACCUACUGUAUCAGGGGCCGAUGGCACUAUUCACGGCGUUACCGAUGGGAUCAAUUCUACCAGUUCCAAUCUUCUUCAAGAGGUCCCCAUGCAAUCCGCAGUCGGGUCGGAUAUACCAUAUGCAGAAGCUGGCGGGGAAGGUUCCUUCGAGGAGUUCUGGCAAUCCGCAAUCGAAAGCGAGAUGAAUCUCGACUCGACAACGUGGGACACUCUAUUCUCCGCUCUUGAUACGAGGCCAAUAUGA